UGUGUGGCGUCCGGAAGGUGGGCUGUCAGCAUGGCGGAUGUAUUUUUCAGUGUUUGGGUUUAAUACCUCUGCAGUAGCAUCCACAGGCUGUACUAAACACCACUGAACCCCCACAGUCUGCGGAACCUGACGGCGGCUUUAAGCUAGCAGCAGCCGGCUAACGGUGCACUGUUCACGGAGGCACAUCGUGACUUAUGACCCAGUUUGGUUCGUGUACCCUCAACAGGAUGAAGCAUCAGCAGCUUGAACACAGACCAAAGAGGAAGAUGUCUUAAAUCAGAAUCUCCAACUGAAAUCAGAAAGGAAUCAGAUUGCAUUGGAAAGAGGUAACGUACAGUGUGAUGUACAAUGGGUGAGGUGACCGUGGAAGUGACCAAACAGGACUUUUCCAUGGAGCUGCUCCCAGAACCAGUACUCAUAAUCUUGUCUCCUCCUCCGUCUUUCUUACCCACACCUGGGGAACCAGUGAUGUUCUGGAACAAGUGGCUUAAGGCUUUUGAGAAUUACGUCGAAGCGCUGGGUGAAUCCGAACUGGUCGACUCCACUAAGUGUCUCCUUCUACAGAACUGCCUCGGUCAGGAGGGACAGCGGAUCUUCACGGCUCUGACCCAGGGUAAAACAUCUUACCAUGCCAUCGUCUCAGCUCUUACCGUUUACUUUAACUCUGACCAGAUCUCUCAGGAGUGCUGCCUUAAAUUCCACCAGAGGACUCAGAUGCCUGGAGAGACAGUUGGCCAGUUUGUGUCUGCGUUAGAGGAGCUGCUGAAGCCUUGUAACUAUGGAGAUUCAGAGGACAAACUUAUCCUGAGUCAGCUGAUUGACAAAACAAACUGUGCACAAAUCAAAGAGCGGCUGCAGCAGGAAAAGGAGACUCUGACUCUGUCGAAGGCCUUAGUGAUUUGUGAGGAGAUGGAAUCUUCUGUGAAUGAAUAUGAUGUGGUGCAUGAAGUGAGUGUGGACAUAGGAGAUGAUUUAGACCCUCCAGUGCAAAAACGCAAACGAGGACGGCCCCGUCGAGGUGAGAACAAGGCAAAAACUAAUGCAAAUAAAACGUCAUUGAGCACUUCUUCUAGACACAAAAAUGAGUAUUACUACAGCAAUGAAACGCGUUACUACGGUGUUGAACAGAAUGAUGAACACUUUCCUCAAAGUAAAGUAGAAACAAAUCCAACAUCUGAUGAAGAGGAUAAUGAUGCGAAAGGGGCGUCGACAUUACAGAGGACAGAAGAGGAAGAGUGGGACAAAACUAGUGAGAGCAGUGAUCAUGAUGAUAGUGAAGAUGAGGAUUUUUUUAUUUCAGCUAAACAUAAAAGACCCUUUUGCCCCAUUUGCAUUGACAAGCGGUUCAGAGAUGCACAUAAACUCGCCAGACACAUGAGGACGCACACAAAGGAGAAACCAUUCGUUUGUCCUGUCUGCAGCAUAACCUUCAGUCAGUCCUAUCACAUGACCCGACACAUGAGGAACCAGCACGGUGCAGGCCAACAUGUCUGCUCCACAUGCGGGGUCACGAUGGGGAGCCUCAUGGAGCUGCGAAACCACAAGAAGACACAUGUUCCAAAAAUUCUGCCGUGUCCUUUCUGUCAGGAAAAAUGUGCAAACUAUGAGCAGUUUUUAGAUCACAUCAAAACACACGGCAUCACGAAGGCAACAAGACCAACGAGACCUGAGCGAAAUGAAGAAGCGAAAACACAGGAGACGAUGGAACUGGGGAACAAUGAUAAUCAUGAGAGCGAUGAUGGCAGUGAAGAAGGAAAUAUUGAUGCAGAUUCUGAGAAUAAUGAAGUCCAGACUGAAGAAUCUGAAUUGAAAAUGGAAAAUAAAGACUCUGAAGCUAAAUCUAAUGGCCAUAAGAAAGACAAAGCCUUGAAAUCAAAAAAAAAAGGCCAUUUCUGUCCGAUCUGUGUCGGCAGGCGCUUCAGAGGGCCAAAUAAACUUGCCAGGCACAUGAGGAGCCACACUAAAGAGAAACCUUUUAGCUGUCCAGUCUGUGCCUUGACCUUCAGCCAGUCCUACCACAUGACCCGACACCUGAGGAACCAGCACGGCCUUGGGCAUUACAUCUGCACCAAGUGUGGAAAAAAUCUAGAAACGUGGCAGGAACUGAAUGUUCAUAAAAAGACUCAUGCAGCUGACGAUCUGUCAUGUCCUGUUUGCGAUAAACAGUUCAAAGACAAGGCUUCGUUCACGAGUCACAUCAAAUCACAUAAGACGAUCCCAUCCAGCCCUCAGUGCCUCAUCUGCGCCGAGUGCGGUAAGGUUUUCGGUCGGAUGUACCACUUGAAAAGGCACAUAGCAACCCAUCGCAAAGCAACAAACGGUGAGUUCUUCACAUGCCCGAAGUGUGAGAAGAUCUACGCUUUUCAGGAAGACCUCAUCAAACACCUGGAGAUUCAUGUGAAGGAAAGCAACGGGGUGUGUCCUAAAUGUAAGAAAACCUUCACUACUCCCCAAGAACUGGAGGCUCACAUGGAGGUUCAUGAAAAGUCUUAUACCUGCAACACGUGUGGGAAGAAGUUUAAGGUGGAAUAUGCUCUGAGGAAACACGAGUUAGGCCACGAAAAUGAACAAUAUUACUGUUCAUUGUGCCGCAAACGUUUCAUUAAACUUUCUCACUACAAGAGACAUCUACUGGUCCACAACAGGCGCGAGUCCAAAUGCCCACACUGUGACGCCGUCUUUCUAAAGUUAACGGCUUUGAAAUAUCAUCUGCGGACUCACACUGAAGAAAGACCCUACCAGUGCACUUGUUGUAUUGAAACAUUUGAGGAGAAGGGAGAUUUAGAACAACACCGUCUCAAACACAGGAAGUUUAAGAAGGAGCGGCCGUACUCGUGCACUCGCUGUGAUAACGCUUUCCUGACUCUGACGGAGCUAACGGAACAUAUGAGCUCCCACGAAGGAGAGCAUCCCAUGAACUGCCCUGUCUGCGGAAAGACUUUCCUGAAUAAGAACAAACUGGAGAAACACCUGAGCAUCCACACGGGGGAGAGGCCUCAUCUGUGCUCUAUUUGUGGGAACGGCUUCCCCUCCGCCGCCAGCCUCAAGCUACACGUCCACAUCCACACGGGGGAGAAACCCUACCAGUGCUCCCAGUGCACCAAGAGCUUCAGGUCGUCCAGCGGCCUCCGGCUCCACAGCAGGCAGCACAUGGAGGUCCGGCCCAGCUACGAGUGUCCUCAGUGCGGCAGGAGUUACGGCCGAAUGACGGAGCUGAAGAUGCACCAGCGCUACCACACAGGAGACAAACCGUACUCGUGCACCUGCUGCAACAAACGGUUCAUUACCAAAGACAAGUUGAAUGUUCACAUGAGGAUCCACACGGGAGAAAGGCCGUACUCCUGCCCCCACUGUGGACAGACAUUCACUCAGACUGGGGACAGAAAUAGACACAUCAAUAAAUACCAUUAGUCACAUAUUAACACAACACCAGUGAACAUCUGACGGCUUGUUUCAGUGGUUUUACAUGUUUGCAAUGUGGGCCUUUAGAAAUAUUUUAGUUUCUUGUUGGAUCCUGUCUCUGUUACUUUUCAUAUUGAAGAAAGUACACUACCAGUCAAAAGUUUGGACUCACCUGUUUUUUCUUAAUUUUCAUGACUUUCCUUUGUAGAUUCUCACUGAAGGCAUCAAAACUAU